AUGUGGUUGAAGUUGAAUUACCAUUUUGUUUUACCUGUCAUAGAUCAUGAAAACGAAGAGGGUCAAUGUUCAUCUGCUCCUAACCCUAUUGUCAACAUUGAUGGUGAUGGUGAAGAAACAGCAAGAAAAGAAACUUUGUCGACGAAGGAGUUUCGAACUGGCGGCCUUGACAUUGACAUAAAUCUUCCGCAUCCUGCUGAAAUGGAAGAUGAUGAGAUUGCAGAUGUGGAUAUCAAUGACGAUGAAUCCUACAAAGGUCUUAACGCGGCAGAAGCACUUAGAGCUCAAGUAAACGCUGAAGCGAGGGAGGAAGAGCGGAAGAGGUCGAGUUUGAGCAGUGGUAGAGAAAGCGAGAGCAGUGAAACCGGAGCUGAGAGUAGUAGCAGCAGCAGCGGAAGUAGUAGCAGCAGCAGCGAGAGCAGAUAG